AUAUGUACGCAUGUGCUUAUGUACAUACAUAUGUAUGUAUACACAUAUGACGCCUUUGUAUCUACCCAGUAAUAAAAACUUUCCGAAUUUUGCAAAAAAUACAAACAAUUUCAAACGCAAAUCACAUUUUUUUUUUUGUACUCUUCUCGUUUGACGAUAGUCCCGUCCCUCCAAUAGGUGGAAUUUAUGCAGACGGUAUAAAAAUCUUUUGUUAGUCGUAUCUGUGCAGAUGUUCAAAUAACAUUCUAGCUAAAUUAGUGAUUCAUCUAAAUAUAAAUUUCCUAAGAUAGUACUUAUUUAGCUUUUAAUUGCUUAGUUCUGGAUUGUGUAAUUUUCUUUCAAUUCCACCCACUUUUGUUGUCUGAUGGGUACUUUAGCGCCAGCAUACUGCAGUGCACUUAAGUAAAAGUGUGCAUAUGCGCAUAUGCAGGUAGAUAUGUGCAUACAUACAUACAUACAUACAUGCAUAUGAAAAUAUAAAAAUUUCCAAUACUGCAAAUUGUUAAUUCGCGAUCGAUGAAUGAGCGCGAUCAGUGACGUCUAUAUUUAGCGAAAUAGCGGUUUGUUUACUGAUAUUUUUUUUUUACAUACAUAAUGUUCUUAACUUGAUAGAUUACAACAACGCAGACGCAGGCACGUGUAUAAUAAGCAUAUACGAGUGAUCGGUAACAAAAUUGAUGGGAGCAGUGGCAAUAGAAUCAGCAGCAGCAGCAGCAGUGAGGGUAGUAGUGGCGGCGACAAACAAUAUGAUUAUAGUAUUAAACAAAAAUGUGAGACUCCGCCGCCGUCCUAGUGAUCGAAAUAACUACGACUGCAUGCCAGUUUGUCUUAGCAAUGGGUGGCAGCAUGUACUGUCGCACCUGUGCAGCAAUUCCUGGUCACACAGCCGACAACAAAAUGAUCGACAUUUUCGCAAACGCUAAAAUAGUUACACUUUUAAAUACUCUAAAGGAAUGGCAAUUGGAUAUUACGCCGGGCGAUCGCUUGCCCCAUAGUAUUUGUGAGAAGUGUGAAUUGGCGCUAAUGCAAAUGGAUAAAUUUAGAGUACAAGCAUUCAAAGCUAAAACGUACCUGCAAUCGCAAUUGCUUUCGUUGGAGACGACGACGACGACUGGGUAUGCGGACGCAAUCAGCGACAAUGAAAAUGACCUUGAAGCUGAAACAAAUUGCGGUGGUGGAGUGAAGACGUUCAACGGGGAAGCCAUACUGGGCACAUUCUCAACAGUAUUAACCGAGAUCAAAGCUGUGCAUGUGGAUCAAGAGUUAUCGAACAAUACUACUACAAGCACAAACGAGAAAGAGAACGAAGAACAAUUGAAUAGCUUAGAAUCGGGUUUAAUUGCAGUCAACGGGCAAACCGGUGAGUUAUCGUUUGAUUCGAAUAUUGAGUCUAGCAGACCACCCGAUUUUCAGGUUGUACUAAUUGAAGAGGAGGAGCACAUAGAAUUACAGUGGAUUAAUGAAGACGAAAAUGCUGUCGAGAAGGGAGUUCAAAUAACAAAUAAUGAAAGUUCCGAAUGCAGCGAACACAUGGGAGAGUUCGAAGCACAAUUUGACAUCAAUAAUAACUCAGCAGACACUACGAUAUCUGAGCAUAUGAUUUGUAAUAGCAUAAAGCGACUCCGACGAGGUAAAAGUGAGCUAUCAGAAAAAGGAGGAGAAGUCUUUUUAGUUAAUAAUAUUCCAACUGAAUCGCAAGAACCCAUAAGACGAUCAAUUAAGAACAAACAUUUUGAAAAAAAUGAAGGUAAAGAAAAGUCUUGUACAAUUUCACAAAAUCAUAAAGGUGAAGAAAAUCGUACUACAGAAAUCCAAAAGCACAAUGUACUCUCCGAUGUUUAUACAUUGUCAACAUCUGGCGAUUUGGAAAAGACUAAUCAACUCUCAUUGGGCUUCACACAAUCCCAAAACCAAAUGUCAGCCCCUACGUUCGAUGCAAUGGAUUUCACGGCAGAACAUCAAGCGCAAAUAAACGAAUUUGAAGCAUUGUUAGCUGCAAUAAAUAAACAAGUGGCUUCGUUUGAAUCUAGCAAAGAGCCAAAUAUGUAUUCGAUCGAUGAAUUACAAUCAGUGCUAAUGAGUGACCUUACACUACAGAUGAUCGACGCAAAUGUAAACAUCUUGGAAGAAGAUUUACAAAUAGAUGAAUUUGAGUCAUUGUUGGCAUCAGUUGAUGAGCAAGCUUCCACAUUGGGAUCGAUAAGAUCGUUCAAGCGAAAGACAGAACCGGCUGAAGCACCUGCAUCCAAAGAUCCAAAAACUGAACCUUCAAAGGAAUUGGCAAACACUGUAAAAAUAUUACCUCAUCAUUCUGAAAUGGAAAAAAAUGGAACAACAAUACAUACGCCUAUGUGCGACAAAAAAAAUAUCGAGCCAAAAACUUCGGACACGUGCGCAACGGAGCUGCUAUCUAAUGUUACACUUUAUGCCCACGAUCAGAUAUUGCCAAGUGUUGUAAAACGCAUAGAUUGUGUUGAUAAUGCAUCAAACGAAUCUUAUAGAAAUGCAGAUUUCGAAGAUUUGUUAGCCGGAUGUGAUGACAACGGAAAUACGCCUCCGCUGAUCGAUAAGGCCCAACAAAAAAUUUUCACUGCGCACGCACGUUCAGAUAAGAAACUUUCAAAUAAAUUUCGUUGUCGCCUGUGCGUGUACAAAGUAUCGGAACAGCCAGCUUUCGAUACUGCAGAGCUCCUCGAGGAACACAUAACAUCAAUACAUGAUGACAAAGAGCGCCCAUAUAACUGUCCUCAGUGUGCGGCGCGAUAUCGAACACGUAGCGGCUGUGUAGCACACAUAAAUGCCAUACAUCUCAAAAAAGGCGACAGCUGCGAGUUGUGCGGCAAAGUUGUUGCCGGCGGUUCGGGUCAAAUGCGCAUGCACAUGGAGCGCAAUCACACACAUGGAAACUACACUUGUGAAAUUUGUAACCUGGAGCUGAAAAAUGUUUCACUUUAUAAUUUUAAAUAUCACAAGCGGUGGCACAAUGAAGAGAAAUUAUGGCGCUGCGAACUUUGUGAGAAAGCAUUUGUAACGCGCACUCAUCUGAUGGCACACAAAGUAAAACACACGCGCCAGGGCGAAUUUCUAUGUACACGAUGUGGAAAGAGCACGCGCAGUAAAUGGGAACUUCGUGCACACCUCUAUGCCAUUCACGGGGAGGGUGAAGCACCGCUAAAAUGCAACUACUGUGAUGAAAAAUUUACACAACAUAUUCAAAAACGUGCCCAUCUGGAGCGUUACCAUCCCAUUGAGUUGGCCAAACGCACUGUGCCUUGUCCAAAAUGCGAAAAGCAAUUCUCCACCGACAUCAAUCUGCACAGACACAUAAAACAACACCAUCAACAAGGUAAUGAGGCUGACCGUCUCGCAGAGCCUGACCCCUCUUCUCCACCGCAAUAUGAAGGCUUUAUGUGCGCACAUUGUCCGCGUAAAUAUCGCUCCAAAUAUGCGCUCAUCAAGCAUCUAGGAGUACAUGCUGUGAUGGCAGAUCGACCAUAUUCAUGUCCUGAUUGCGCUAUGCACUUUAAGCAUUUCUCAGAAUUAGAUCGGCAUGAUUUGCAACAUCACGCUGAUGUGCGCCCCUAUAGAUGCGAAAAAUGUCCGAAAGCGUUCUCUACAAGAACAGCUCUUAAAAUUCAUGGUCAAGUUCACGAGGUAAAAGGUAGAAAUUUUCGUUGCCCGGAUUGCAAUCAACGUUUCAAAUUCGAGAAAUCGUUGAAUUUGCAUCGCAUUUCCCACAAGACUAUGCGGCACAGUUGUGAUAUUUGUAAUAAAUCCUAUAUACGAUUGACACAGCUAAAGACCCAUAAAAAGCGUUUCCACAAAGUAACAAGCGCAUCAGAGGAAGAAUAAAAUAAAAACCAACACAUUCUGUUUGAUGAUUCAGAGGUCGUAGUUUAUGUAAAUUCCCCGAUUCCAAAGGCCUAAGCAAACCCAAUAGCAAUAUGGAAAUUAAGCCUUCAACCUACUAAUAUAGGCGGGCAAUGUGAACUGAGCAUUUUAAAAACUGAAAUCUCUUCAGGGGAGCCAGCAAGUUGUAGAUAACAGUUGAAUCCCUCUCAAGCCCGGCACCGCGCAAAGACAAUGCGCGCAGCGAGAGAGAAACAAAGCCGGCCGCAGAAAGCUACUAUCUAUAGCACAUCGACUCCGCUAACAAGACAAACCACCAUUAUUUACUAGUAAAGCGAUAUAAGCUGCAUUGAACAACACUAAAGGUUCCAAUAGUGUCCCUAUUCUCGUUGAUCAUAUCAUUAAACAAGUAGUUUUUAAGCAAAAAAAAAACCGACUUCAAUUCUCAUAUAAAAAUUUAAGAUU